AUCAAAACUAGUGAUAUAAAAAAAAUCUUUUUUAUUUAUUUAUUUAUUUUUAUUUCUUCUCUUUUUCUAAUAAACAAACAUGUCAAGUAAAUAUAAUAGACUUAUUUUUAACCUUUGUAGAAAUCAAUUAUAUAGAAAUUAUAGUACAGUCAAAGUACCAGCUCUUAUUCCAGAACAAAAAGAAGUUCGAGUAAUGAAUUGCUAUUAAAUGUAAUGGAUACAAGUCCUAGCAAAAGAGAAUUGCAACACUUUUUGAAGCGUUUUGGGCCUGAUAAAUCAACAUUAUUUUCUGGAUAUAAAGAUAGAAAUGAAACAUCAAAUAUUAAAUCACCAAAGGAAUAUGUCAAGGCAUUAUUAACACCCUCUUAUCAUCAUUUAGCACUUACAAAAGUGGAAGGACCUUUCCAUAAAGCAGAUUGGCAAAGAGUAGGUAAAACUCUUUACAAACUUCAAAAAUUGGGUUUAACCUCUAUCAUUGUAUCUGAUAAUCCAAGUUGGAGAAAAGAGAAAUCAUUACCAAAUGAAUUAACAAAACGAAUAUUAACAGAAAGCAUGGCCUUAGUUGAAGCCAUUGAACAAGCAGGCGGACGUGCUCGAGUUAUUUUUGGCUCUGUCUUGGAAAGAUCGAUGGCUUCAUCUAAUUCAAUAGAUAUCAAUCCUGACUUUAUUUUAUUGGCUUUAAACAAUAAUGAAAUACCUAUUAUUGCACCUAUUUUAGCUGAACAAGAUGGUCAAUUAGUACCUAUCAAAGCUUCAGAAGCGAUUACUGCUCUUACUCAACAUCUUGCAGCAAAACAAGCCAUGUAUCCAAAAUUAGUGCCAUCUAAAAUCGUUGUUAUUAAUAAAGAAGGAGGUAUUCCGAAUCAUGAUUUACCAGGUACAGCCCAUAGUCUUGUCAAUGUUCAAGAAGAAUUUGAUGAUAUCCAAAUUGCAUUUUCUAAAAAUAAAGAAUGGCCUAUAUUAUAUCCAAGCACAAUAGAAGAUUUAACCAUGAUUCGAGAUUGCUUAGAACAAUUACCAACUACUUCUUCAGCUGUUAUCGUACCUACAUCCUCCUUACCUUCAGCUCUAAUUGCAAAUUUAGUAACUGACAAACCAUUAUAUUCAUCUUCUUUACCCAUCACAAAUAAAGAAAGAAUUAAUCAAACUAGAGCAACCGUUCUGCGACAUGGUAUCAAGAUUAAUCAUUAUUCUCGUUUAGCAGAUCUUAAUUUAAAUCGACUUACAGAAUUAUUAGAAGCUAGUUUUCAAAAGACAGUCAAUAGAGAUGCCUUUUAUAAAAGAUUAAAUCAUGUUUUAUCAACCGCAAUUAUUGCUGGUGAUUAUGAAGGUGCUGUCAUUAUAACAAAGGAGAAAGCUAUGAAUCAAUCACAUGCUUAUCUUGAUAAAUUUGCUAUUGCACCUUCAAGUCAAGGUAUUGGUUUAACAGAUAUUUUAUGGAAACGAAUGUGUGAUGCCUAUCCUGAAUUACUUUGGAGAAGUAGAAAAGAAAAUGGUGUUAAUAAAUGGUACUUUGAAAGAUCAAAUGGUUAUUUACGAUUAAAAGACACUAAUUGGAUUCUAUUUUGGCAUGGUUCUAAUGGUUAUCAUUAUAUACAAGAUUAUGCAAAAAUAGCUACAUCUAUUCCCGCUUCAUUCAUCACUUCUAAAUAAUAUAAGAAAAAGAAUGAUUAUAGUCUUCAAUAAUAGAACCGUAUAACUCUUAUCGAGUAUACCAUAUUCUUUUUCAUAAACUUUUAUUUAUUUCUCUAUUUGCUAAUAUCAUAUAAUAAUUCUUGUCAUUUUGUAUAUAAUAGAA